CUUACUUAUUUUAAUUUAGUACGCAAAAUUGACGAACGAGUGUUUCAAAAGAUAACAGUACAGUUUUUGUUGGAACAGAAGCCUAUAAGCAAUUCAAUGAAGAUUUGGAAUGUUUUACAUAGACUGUAUACAAUAAAAACUUGUAUAUUUAAUGUUAUAGACCAAUAAUCGUGUUACGCAUUUAAAGUAAUACCAACUAAAAUCAGAAAGGAUUUUACGUAUGAUAUUUUGAGUGCAUCACAGAACAUCGAAGCUAGAAAGUUCUAUGCUCUGAAGCUUUCAAGAAAAUUCGGGACUCUUCCAUAUCUUCUCCCUACCAUUGAGUUUUGUUAUAUAUACUGGCGCUUCCCGGCUCGGUGACAAUUUGAAUCCACGAGAGCUCGUAAGCAAACUACAGUGAUUCAAGAGGAGCGUAUACGGUGUUUAAAUACUGUUCUAAAGCAUCCAAGCAUAAAGUAUUUGUAGAAAGUCAUCGAUUGAAGUAUCAAUACAAAAAACAAACGUUUCCUGUCAUUGUUUCAUCGAGGUUAAGGAAAAAUGUCACUGCUACCAUUGGUAUUCUCUGAUUGGUGGGAAGACCUGGACCGUCCACAUUCUGUUUUUGAUCAAGAUUUUGGACUCCAUGUGACUCCGAGUGAUUUACUGCCCUUAAGUUCAGAUGUUUGGGCAGUGAGACCAUAUCGCAAAAGAUUGUACCGUUACAGGCCUUAUGACAGAAGUUUGGCUAAAAGAUCUGCUACUAGUGGUGUUUCAACCGUGCAACCUAACAAGGAUAAAUUUGAAUUGACAUUGGAUGUUCAGCAAUUUGCUCCUGAAGAAGUCAUAGUCAAGGUGGUUGAUAAAAAUGUCAUUGUCGAAGGAAAACACGAAGAGAAGCAAGAUGAGCAUGGAUGGAUUUCCAGACAGUUUGUCAGAAGAUAUUUAAUUCCCGAGCAGUGUGAUAUUGACCAGCUGCAGUCCACUUUGUCAUCCGAUGGUGUUCUAAGCAUCAUAGUACCAAGAAAGGAAUCUGAACCUCAGGAGAAAAAGGAAAGGAUUAUCAAAAUCCAAAACACAGGUCAGCCAGCACUGAAGGAUGAUGAUGCCAUUUCAAAAGCAAAAAAUCUUCAAAAGGAACAAAGUUCACAGACACAGAAAAGUCCAGUGACACAGCGAGGAGCAGAGAAAACUGUUAAGGCUGCAUGAAGAAAAGAAAGUGUCCAAAUAUUUCUUUCUGCAUUCAUAACUUUUAUUUGUUUUAAGUAAUUUAUGUUACACUACAAAGUUCAUAUCAUUACAUUACAAUUUAUAUUCAUUAUAAUUAGUUCCUACAAGCAGUAUUUUCAUGUAUUCACAUAACUAUUAACGAUUUAUAAUAAAAGUGUUUUGAAAA